UAUGUCAGCAAUUACAGUAUCGUCACAUGUAUAGUGAAAAAUUGUAGGUUUCGUGGACCUGAAUGGACUUUAUUUUUAUUUUAACAUAUUUUAAGGUGAAAUGACCCCACGCUUGCGUCUAAUCUCUACAAAGAUUUAAUCGUUUAUAAUAAAUAAUUGAUAUUUUCUUUUACACUGUGAUCGGUAACCGCUAAGCAAACAAGAAAUAAAUGUUUAUUCAAACAAGUUAAACACAACGGUAUCGCCUCAACGUGUGACAACUUCAAAUGAAAUGUUGCUGGAAUACGUAAUAAUGAUGUUCAUUUUUGGAUUAAACACACAUAUGGAAAGAACGCCCAACAAGGCUCAUGCAUUUGAGAGCUCACGUAAUGACACACUUCAUAACAUCGAUAGCAAUAGCAUACCGACGGAUUACGAUAGUCCACCCCCAGAAUUCGAAAACACAACGGAACGUGAUGUGAUAGCUGCAAUUGGUACAACAGCCCGCCUACAUUGCCGUGUACGUUAUUUAGGCGAUCGAGCAGUAUCGUGGAUACGGAAACGAGACCUACAUAUCCUAACUAUUGGUAUAAUGACUUACACUAAUGAUCAGCGUUUCCUGGCACGUCAUCUAGAUAACUCAGACGAGUGGAUACUGAAAAUUGUCUCUGUGCAAACCAGAGACGCUGGAAUCUACGAAUGUCAGGUGUCGACAGAACCAAAAAUUAGCCAAGCCUAUAAGCUAACCGUAGUUACGUCGAGAGCACAAAUUUUGGCCAAUCGUGAGCUCUUCAUACAAAGUGGCAGUGACAUUAAUUUGACAUGCAUUGCGCCGCAAGCACCCGGACCAUACACCCAUAUGCUUUGGUACAAAGAUAGUGAGUUAAUCAGCGACUCAACACGCGGUGGUAUUCGUGUGCUAUCCGAGCAACAAAUGAAGACAAGCAAUUUAGUCAUUUCGCGCGUAAUACACGCAGACUCUGGAAACUACACAUGUGCGGCUGACAAUUCCAAUAGCGACAGUGUUUUUGUACAUAUCAUCAAUAGCGAGAAACACGCCGCCAUGCAACAUGAAUUAGCGUCACGUAUACUUGUACCACGUAUCCUACUCACUGUGUUAACACUGUUUUAUUUUCUGGAACGAGUCAUUAAAUGAAAUUCGGUCUGUGGUUCAAUAAUAGAAUGAAGCUCGCAUCACUAGUGGUUGUUAAUUAUUUGCAAAUCCUUACGCAACCCAUAUUCACUCUCACUCGCAUGCACACAACAUUGUCAAUGCCAUCAAUGUUGUCUCAUCAGGGCUGAAAAAAAUUACAGCCAUGAUUUAUACAAAGUCAAAAUGAAAGCGAAAUUUACACGUUUGCUCUUUUGUGGUCGAUCGAUUGGUGCUCAGCGGUAAACUUUAAGUCUAUUUCUUUAUUUUUCACAUCUGUCAUGCGUGACUGCACACAUGUAUGGCAUAUAUACAGUCCCUCAAACCAAAACAUUAUUCGUUGUUGCUGCGUAGCCUGACAGUAACAUUAGCAACAACAAUAGCAAUAAUAACAAUCAUGUAACAACAAUAACAACAAAAGCAACAGUAACACAAUGAAAUUUAUUACAGUUAGAAAUGCAAUCGUUAUCUCAUCGUUUCAUUAACUUUGGUAGAGCGCGUAUGUAAUUCGCCAUUAUUGUAGUUGAAUUAUUGUAAGCGUAGGCAUGUAAACCGGAAAACAUUCAUACAUGCAUACUGAUACAUAUAUACAUUUGUAAAUACAAAUGCACGCUAUGCGCUUUUUUUAUAUUAAUGUACAAGAAAACGAAUAGACUUCGGUUUUAAUGAAAUGUAAAGCAAAACCCAACAAAACAAAAAAAAAAAAAAAAAAAACACAAAAGGAAGGAGAACGUUUUAAAACGUAAUUAAAAAAAGGAUAGUAACAGAAAAGUGCGUAGUUUUAUGUGCGUUUGUGCGUGUGCGAGUGUGUGUGUAUGUAAAUAUCUACGUAGUAAUAUUUUUUGUAAUCACUAUAAAGAAUUCAUUUAAUCAUUGAAAUGAUUGCAAUGUGACAUGAACAGCAGAGUCGGGCCUUAUUCCCAUAACCGCGCCCACCUAUUGAUGUAACGAUUAGAUCUUGUAUUUUUUUCCUGAAAUAUCAGAUUUAUGUUUAAAUUAUUCUUUGUACUCUUGUUACAGUUAAAGUGACUUUUAUGUUCACAUAUCUUCUUUCAAUACUCUUCCCAUAACGCAAAGAAGGGCAAUCUCUCAACAUGAAAAUUUGCCUUACACGGCCUACUAAUAAUAAUAGAGUGUGGGUAAUAGCGUACUUCGUCGUCACUAUAAAAUUUCCACGAUUUUCUGCUUAAAAAUUUGGAGGAUUAGUUUUAACAAAUCGCUUGUGAGAUUCUUUACGUUUUAGUCGCUGAAUGUCGCAAAUUGUACUAAUACAAUGCCUUGUGAUGUACUAAGCGCCUUUACUUACGUCAAAUACAGGGGAAUUUUGCUUAAGCCCCAAUUUUGACCUUACUGUAAAUUGUAAAUUCUAUUUCGAGUUUUUUGCAAAUUUUAGUAGUAAGCGAAUUACGCUUUCUUCACAAAGCGGUUAUACACAAAUUUAUGAACUGUGAACUAUGAGUUUUUGUAUUCAGUCAGCUUUCUCCAAACGGAUUAGCAUCGUUUGAUGACGAGAUUCUUCAUUAACCUUGUCACGAUCUUGCUUGCCAACUUCGCUAAAUUAGUGUUAUCGUUCGACCGAAAGACUCGGCGCUUUUUGAACACUCAUAUAUACAUAUAUGAUAAAAUUUAUGCAAAUUUUCGCAAAUAAUUUGAACAAAAUUUACAAGAGAUCUAAAUCUAUAAAUGAUAUAUAUCAUACAUUGACUCAUUAUCUACUGCAAAAUUGCAUGCGACAUAUUAGAAGAAUAUUUAUUAAAUUGAGGCACAUGCGGCGUGUGGAGACAUUUGUAUGGGAUGUAUAUUAUAAAUUUGCAUACUGCACCACAUAUCAUAAAUUAUACAGUAAAUGAAUUGCAAAUUGAUAGCGGACAUUUAUGUAUGGUAUGUGGUAAAUUUAUUAAGCUAUAUAUCUCUAAUUUUCAUUCGAUGUAUAUCGUAAGUUCGCAUAUUAUAUCGUAAAAAAGGAAAUUCCUAUUAGUGUGCGCUAUUUCGCAUAUAUCUUAAAUAUACACAUUAUCCCACCUUAUUAUUAUCAUGAAUUUUACGAAAGGAACUGCUAUCGGGAGAUAUAUGAGAAUUGGCUGAAGAAAACGCUUUCCAUCUAAAAACGGAAGAUUUGCAAAAAGAAACUCCGAUUGAUCCAAUGCACGUUUCAUUUAAAUUGGCCUCGAUUUCAAAAAUAUCAUUUCGUUAAUGUAAUGCAGGAUAAUGUAUUUGAGAAAUGACUAGACUUUUAAAGUCACUCUAUCACAACGUAUAACAACUUUAACUUUUACUUUAUUGUCGAUCAAACCUUUAACAACUUUGGGAAAAUAUUGCCCUUAGACUUGGUUUCGAAUUAUUUUUUGCCUUCGACACCAUCUAGCGCGUUUUAUAACUCAAACGACGCAAAUUGUUAUCGAAAAAUCUGCAAAGGACCAUAAGUUAAGCAAUAAAUGUCCCAUGAGCGGCAGGAGAUUUUUGCGUUCAAAUCGAACAUGUAACAUUUCCUAAUUCAAACUAAUCUGUAAGAAUAUGGUAGCUCGACUCAAAACACUACAUAGCCAUUAAUGCGUGC